UCAUUCCUAUUCCAAAAUAUAUACACAUCCCUCUCUCUUGAGAUCAAUCACAUUUUCAGUACCUUCUUUUUCCUUUUCUAGCCAACAAGAAAAGCAAAAAUGGCGGAUACAGCUAGAACAACCCAUCACGAUAUCAUCGGCCGUGACCAGUACCCGAUGAUAGGCCGAGACCGAGACCAGUACCAGAUGAUGGGCGGCCGAGACCAGUACCAGAUGGGACGAGGAUCAGACUACUCCAAGUCUAGGCAGAUUGCUAAAGCUGCUACUGCUGUCACAGCUGGUGGUUCCCUCCUUGUCCUCUCCAGCCUUACCCUUGUAGGAACAGUCAUUGCUUUGACUGUUGCAACUCCUUUGCUCGUUAUCUUCAGCCCAAUCCUAGUCCCGGCUCUCAUCACCGUAGCACUCCUCAUCACCGGCUUUCUCUCCUCUGGUGGGUUUGGCAUUGCAGCUAUAACCGUCUUCUCUUGGAUUUAC